AAAUGAAAUAUUUUUUCCCUGCUUCGCGGAACACCUCCCCGCACCUCCCCGCACAUCCCGCUCAUCUACCGCUUCCCCUCCUCCCUCCUGAUCCGGCACCUACUACCAAGAAAUCCAUUCACCUCCGCCAUGACCGAAAGUCUCAACUUCGAAACCUCCGCUCGAAAAAGCUCGCCGGCUGAACCAUCCGGCGAAGAAGACAGCGGAGGACACUCCCAUCCCCUUUUGCAGCCGAGGCGCGAGCUUUUCGAGUACGGUCUCCUUCCCAUUCCGAAGCUAAUCUUUACAGAUGGAAUCGUAACCCUAAUAUACGUUAAGGAGAAGCUUCUCCAGCGUCAUGCCACGGCUCUACACCGUGUCGACGCGCUUGGCCUCGCCGAUGGUCUCCAGAUCUCGCUUGUCGAUGCUGGGAUUGUUCUGGAUACUCUCGUUUCUGUCCUUCCGUAUGAGCCGGAGGAUCUGAAUUCCGUCGAUGUUCGUGAUCUCGUUCUGUUUUUAUACAUCCAGUCGUAUAGAAGACUGGUAUCCAAGACGCAUAAGGAUUCUGCAGCGGUUGCAGAUGUUUGGCCGUCGACUUCUGCGUUUGAUGGAUACCUAUCGGCUCUCACGCCUAUUCAGCUCAAACGCUGUAGUAGUCGCCGAUCUAUGCCUUCGCCUGCUGAUGAAGAAGCCCAUCAGUUGUCAUAUCUUGAGAAGCACAUGGAAAACAUAGUUUCUGUUUUGGCUGACUCAGUUGAGGGCGAAGGGGCUGAAUCACUGGUUUUAACUUUGGACAGUUUUCAGCGCCUUGGGCUUCUGAUUCAAUUCUUUGACGAUGGCCACGAGGGAAUACCGCUUAGCCAAGCUUGUCCUUUCUUUGCAAACUGUGAUGACAAUGCCUCUAAUAUUUCUGUGUCUGCUAGCAAAGUUCUUGACUGGCUUUUGCGAAGUGUAGCAAUUUCUUUGGAGCACAUUGUUGCUGCUGAUAAAUCACCUACAAGAGGAACUGGAAUGGGGGGCAUUAAUGAUGUGGAUGUAACAAUGAUGGAUGCCUCCGCAAACAAAGCAAAGCUGCAAAGCAGUGGUUUGCAGAGUGGAUUAUUUCAACCUAGUACUGUACAGUCGAGGAGUCAGACUAUAGUAGACGGUAUUUCUAAAGCUUCUGUAGUGAAGCAAGUUUCUGACACGAUAAGACAUCCUGUCAAGGUUUUGAAUUGCCAUGAUUCAGUGAUAUAUAUAUUGGCUCCGCUGAGUUAUGCCACUGUUUAUGGUUGUUCUGAUGCAACGGUUGUUGUUGGUGCUGUUGGCAAGGCUUUGAGAGUGGAGCAUUGUGAGAGGGUGCAAAUUAUAGCUGCUGCAAAGCGCAUAUGCAUUGUGAAUUGCCGUGAAUGUGUUUUUUACCUGGGGAUUAAUCAUAGUCCCCUUGUACUGGGAGAUAAUCAUAAACUACAAGUGGCCCCUUACAACACAUUUUAUCCCCAACUGUUGGAACACAUGUCUCAAGUUGGUAUAAAUGCAAUUAUCAAUAGAUGGAAUGAACCCAUUGUGCUGGGAAUGGUGGAUCCUCAUGACUCAUUACCUCAUCCUGCCGGGUUAUCUGAUACUCAGUCCGAGUCAGCAACAUGUCUUGAUCCUGACCAGUUUACUAACUUUUUGGAUUUCAUGCAUAUCCAGCCAAGGAGAACUUGAAGCAAUGAAUUUGAAUAAAGAGAUUCAAAGCCAUAUAGGGUUUGUCUGGUAACAAAUUUAGUAAAUCCUGUAAAUCCAGAUUUAUUAAAUCCUGCCAACACCAGGAUUUAGUAAAUUCAGAAUUUAAGACCUUGGAGGAAAUGAGAAGAAACUGGAUUUACUAAAUCUAGGAUUUAAAAUUUACCCAUUUAUUUUUUUCUGGCAUAUUUAAGUUAAAUCCUUUACCAGACGGCACCAUAAACUUAUCUUAAUUAUCUUGGGUUCAGAAAGAAUACAAAAACAAAUUCAAUAAGCAGUAGCUAAAAAAAAACUCAUUGUCUGAUUAGUUUCUUCAGGCCUUUUGCACGCCCAACGUGGAAUAGAUAACUACUUUGGAAUUUGCUCAAACUCGAUUUUAUAUCUCUUUACAAAGAGGAAAUCUUGCUGCUUCUCAAACAAGAAAACCAUAAAUAAAAGAAAUAUCUAAAAUGUAAAAUUAAAUCAAAUCUACAUCAUGUGAAAGAAUAUGCAGAAAUAAUUUGUUUUGAGAAGUUUUAAAGUUUGCCCCUUUUUCUUUAGGAUCUCUUAUGAAUGUAGACGGAUUAUCAUUUUUCUAAUCCCUUUCCUUGCUUUCAAUCUCAAAAUAUUAAUACUGCUGUGACUUCACAUCACUCUUUUCUACAUUCUUCUUG